AUGACAGCCUCCUUGGUUCUAAACCCUCGCUGGCCAGCGGAAACGGUAAUGUUUGUGUAUGACAACAACCUGGACGACCUGAACAAGAACAUGGAGGGGCUGGUGGGCAGCGGCAACUUCGCUGCAAGCCAGUGCCGCAACAUUAUGGCGCACUCGGCGGCCGCCGCUGCACUGGGCGGCCACCCGUCCAGCCUGGUGCACUCUUCGGCUGGCUACUCCACAGUGGACGUGUCCGCUUCAGGCUCCAGCGAAACCGGUGCGUCUUCAGGGAAGCAGUGCACUGCCGGGCCGUGCCCGGCGGCCGCAGUGCCGCACCAGAGCUCCUCGGCCGCCACCGCGUUACCAUACGGCUACUUUGGUAACGGCUACUAUCCGUGCAGGAUGGGGCGGGGUUCUCUGAAGUCGUGCACCCAGGCGGCGGGAGCCGCGCUCAGCUCGCAGUAUAUGGACACGACGGUGAACUCUGACGAAUACCCGAACCACCGGGCCAAAGAGUUCGCCUUUUACCACGGCUACCCGAGCCCCUACCAGUCCAUGGCCAGCUACCUGGACGUGUCUGUGGUCCAAACGCUGGGCACCGGGGAACCGCGCCAUGACACCCUGCUCCCCAUGGACAGCUACCAGCCCUGGGCUCUAACCAAUGGCUGGGGGGGACAGAUGUACUGCUCCAAGGACCAGGGACAGGCCGGACACCUCUGGAAGUCUGCUCUGGCGGAUGUGGUGGCGCACCAGCACGACGGCUCGCCUUUCCGCCGGGGUAGGAAGAAGCGGAUACCGUACACCAAGCUCCAGCUCAAAGAACUGGAGAAAGAGUACGCCGCUAACAAAUUCAUUACCAAGGACAAGAGGAGGAAGAUCUCAGCCGCGACCAACCUGUCGGAGCGGCAGAUCACCAUCUGGUUCCAGAACAGGAGGGUGAAGGAGAAGAAGUUUGUCGCCAAAGUGAAAACCAGCGCUCCGUAACAUGCAGGUUCCGGCGCUUUUGGACGAUGUAGUGAAGGAACGUGGUGUAUUUGCGUGUUAUACUUUACAAAUGAACUGAGAGAAAUUGCAAAAAAAAUGUGGAAAAUAACGA